UAGUUUCGCUUCCCUUGCUGCCCCUCCCCCAAGGGUUUUAGUUUCAUUUCUUGUGGGUCCUGGCUUCCUCUUCCUCGGUGGGAGCUCCUCUGGGCAGAUUAGGCCUCUGAAAUCUGUGAGCAAAAGGAACCUCUGAAACCGGAACAGGUAGGAGCAGAGAGAUGAUUUCUAUGGCUUCAGCAAUCUUAGCGAAUAUGAAGGAGGAGGUGACCUGUCCCAUCUGCCUGGAGCUCCUAGUAGAACCCCUGAGCAUAGACUGUGGCCACAGCUUCUGCCAAGCCUGCAUUACUGCAAACUAUGAAUCCAUGAUAGCCAAGGAAAUGGAGAGCAGGUGUCCUGUGUGCCGAAUCAGUUACCAGCUUGAGAACCUGCGUCCUAAUCGACAUGUGGCCAACAUAGUAGAGAAGAUGAAUGAGAUCAAGUUUUGCUCAGAAGAGGGGCAAAAGCAAGAGCAUUGUGCACGCCAUGGAGAGAAACUCCUCCUGUUUUGCAAGGAGGAUGGCAAGGUCAUCUGCUGGCUUUGUGAGCAUUCUCAGGAGCAUCGUGGUCACCACACAUUCCUCAUUGAAGAGAUUGCCCAGGAGUACCAGGAGAAGCUGCAGAGCGCUCUGAACAACCUGAUGACAAAGCAGGAAGAAGCUGGGAAGUUGAAAGCUGGCAUCCAACAGGAGAUAACUUCCUGGAAGAAUCAACUGCAGAAAGAGAGACAAAAUAUUCAAGCAGAGUUUAAACAUCUGAAAGACAUUCUGGAUUCUGGGGAGCAGGAUGAGCUGCAGAAGCUGGAGGAAGAGAAGGGGCAUAUUCUGAAGAGUAUGGAAGAGUCCAAAAAUGAGCUGAUCCAGCAGAGCCAGGUUCUACAAAAUCACAUCUCAGACUUGGAGAAUCGCUUGCAGAGGCCAGCAAUUGAGAUGUUGCAGGAUGUGAAUUACAUCAUUAACAGAACUGAGACCUUUACCCUGAAGAAGCCAAAAACUUUUCCUGAGAAAAAAAGGAAAUCAUUUCAAACUGAUGAGCUGAAAAGGACGCUGCAGGUGUUUCAAGACCUGAGACAUGCCCGGCGCUACUGGGUUCACGUGACAUUGACUCCAAGCAACAAUCAAAAUAUUGUCGUUUCGGAGAAUAAGAGACAAGUGAUGUAUGUGCAUUACCAGAAACAUGGCAGUCUUUUUCUUUUUAAGGAUAAUUAUGGCUGUCAGUAUGAGGGGAUUAAGCAGAAUUAUUUUGAUGGCAUCCUGGGUUGCCCAAGUAUCACAUCAGGGAAACAUUACUGGGAGGUAGAUGUGUCUGGGAAAAGUGCCUGGAUCCUGGGUGUAUAUGGCCCACCCUCAUUGCAAACCAUAAAAUCGUUUGCUUAUGGACAAUUUUCAAAGUAUCAGCCUAUAAAUGGCUACUGGGUAAUAGGGUGGCAAAAUCAAUAUAUUUCUUAUGAGGAAAAUUCCAUUUGCUUAACACCCAUUGUUCCUCCUUCUUGUAUUGGAGUUUUCAUAGACUAUGAGGCUGGCAUUGUCUCAUUUUUCAGUGUUACACAACACACGUUUCUCAUCUAUAAGUUCUCUGCAUGUUCUUUUGCUGAGGAAGUUUUUCCAUAUUUCAAUCCUAUGCAAUGUCCAAAGCCCAUGACAAUCUGCCAGAUGAGCUGUUGAACCUCCUUAUACCCUUCUCCACUUCAGUGUGGUAUCUCUUACCCUGGGGUACAUCUCUUGUGUCUAAGCCCGUCUGUACCAUUUUAACUAUUUUUUCCUUUUGAAUGUUUCCAUUCUUUCCAUUUGAAUAUUUUUUAUCCACUGUAAAUAAAUGGUUUCUAAUAAUAUGUAUCAGUUUACUUUCAAAAUUGUUUCCUCCACCUUGUUUUAAGAAAUAGAAUAACUUGAUUAAAGAAUCACAAAUUAUUUUUAGCAAAUUGUAAAUAAUUGUUUCUGUAUAAUUAAAAAAUUGUUCCUAUCAAGUUCA